UGCAUUUUCGGACACAUACGUCGAAUCGAAGCGCGCAGGUAGAACGCUUCCAGCAAUCAUCCUUGGGCUCAACAUCAAGGAGGCAGCAAAUCUGCAGAUGAUUGACAGUUCUCUCCUGCCGGAACGUCUCCCUGCUCUUCCCGCCCCUCAACCACAUACUUCGACAAAUGAUGAAUCACUUUUUGUGAGCGACGACGAGAAUCCCUCUGCGUUCCCCUUCGCCUCUUCGCACGAAGGAAGCUCUCGAAAUUCCCCGACGUCGACAUCUAGCCUUCAGAACGCUUUUGUGAAUGUCCCACCAGCAGCUACCAGCACUGAACCGAGUCGCCCCCCGACUUUUUCAUUCGCGUCACCUUCACCUCAACCACAAGCGCCUGAAAAACAGGCGGCUCCUUUCUCGUCCCUUUUUCCUAAUCCUUCCUCUAACACCUUUGGCGCGCCUUCGCCGUUACCACCAACCCCUUUCGCCACUGGCACCCCAACUUUACCCCAGUCAAGCCAGUCACCAUUGAGUCUGUCAGCAACAUCGAGCGGUCAGCCGUCGUCUUCGAGUCCAUUUUCGAAUGGCGCUUCGACAUUCUCGUUUUCUAAGCCCCCACAGCAGGGUCAAAGUACGAUAUCUUUCCCGUCGGCAUCGGGAAAUCAACAGGCUUCUUCGGGCGCGUUCGCUGCGACCCCCUCUCCUUUCUCGUUCCCCAAACCUUCCCAGCAGGAUGAAAGCAGCAAGCACGUGUCUAGUACGUCAAACGCACAAAAGGUCUCUUCAAAUUCGUUCGCAUCAACUACUUCGCCUUUCAAUUUCGGACAACCAGCUCAGCCAGCUCAACCAACCACAGCGUUACCGACAGGAAUCAGCCAACAGCCUAUCUUCGCCAAUGUUCAAAGCCCGAGUCAAGAGAAGCAGCAACAACCGCCACUCUCCUCGCUUUCAUCUUCUACGCCAUUCAAAUUUCCAACAUCUUCCACUCCUCAGCCAUCUUUAACUUCACCUUUCAGUACUUCCGUUCCUGCAUCUGCGUCAAAUCCCGUCUUUUCCACUACCGGGCAGUCCGCUCCUAGCAUAUUCAGCACUGGUGGUUCAAAGCCUACCUUCGACGGCUUCUCAGGCUCGGGCUUCAGUGCUUCUGUACCAAGCCUGACCUCUGAUAAUGCGGCUGCUAAACAGCCUCCGUCCUUGUUUCCCAAGCCUUCGGAAGAGACAGCCAAGCCGGCAUCCCCUUUCCCCUUGUUUUCUUCUCCGAAACAGACCAGUAUGUCAAACUCAGUUAUCUGAAAGACCUCACACGCUAACUUAUCCGAAGAACAACCUACUACAUCCUUUGCUCAACCACCAAGUUCAAAGUCAGAGAUUUCACCUGAAGAGAAGCAGAGCCUUUCUGGCCGUGUACAAACCAGUAUCUCAGACAAGCAACUUGACACUUCGACGCAAGCUGAAGUGCCAGCUGUGUCCGUUUCAGAAAAGGAACCAGAACUACAACUUGAUGACCUGGGUUCUCCGCAAAAGCCACUGCUCGCAGCCACCGAACCGAGC